CCGCAUGUUGUACAACAGUCCCAAUAUCAGAGGGGGAAAGUCUGCCAGAGGCACUGCCAGCAUGGGAAAUAUGUGGCUUCCAAUUGUUCUGCUACUAGGGCUGAAGAUUGACGCAGGACAGACUCAGAGAACAUAUAUCACAGCCUUCAUGGAAAACUAUGCCGUAUCCACAGAUACAACGUUCCAGCUGUAUCUUGUGACAUAUAAUAAGACAGCCUCAGUCACGGUCACGGUGUCCAAUCCGUAUUUCAGCAAGAUGGUGUUCAUUGAGAGGGAAAGCAGUGCACUGGUGAACUUCGACUACACAUAUAUGAUCACUGAAAGCCAAGAGACUUCCAAGGCUGUGCUGGUGACAUCCGACGUUGACAUAUCUGUCUUUGCUUUCUAUACACAUGUCUAUUCCGCUGAGGCCAUGGCUUGUCUUAGUCUUGAAGACCUGGGAACAGAGUAUUACAUAUCAACUACUGGGCCAAGAACAAACAAUCAAUUUGCUGUGGCCAACGGCCUAGAAGAAGUUGUCUCAGUGACUGUGACUGUUUCUGGGUCCAUCACCUUUAAAGGCAUCUCCUACUCCAGUGGAGAUUCCUUCUCGUUACAACUUGCAUAUCAACAAGUCGUUCAGUUUCAAAGUGAAGAUGACCUCACAGGCACCAGGGUCUCAUCCACAGCCCCAGUAGCUGUGUUUAGUGGCCAAAAAUGCUUCUCCGGGAUCAACAAUGCAUGUGAUUCCUUGGCCGAGCAGCUACAUCCUGUGAAGAACUGGGGGAGCUUUUUUGCUGUAUUUCCAUUGUUGAACCACAAUAAGGAUGUCAUUAAAAUUUUAUCUGCAAGUUCAGAUACUACAGUGGAUAUUAAUGGUCCUAAGGGGGACACCAACUACAGCCUACAGAAGGGAUCCUAUAUCGAAAUUACUGUAGACAAAGGAAUGACUAUUAAGUCCACCAAACCCAUUAUGGUAACAUACAUCUUCCAAGAUUUUAUACCAGGAGUAGUUACAAUGUAUGACCCCUUUAUCACUAACGUCCCACCCUCAUUAGUCACAAGGAUGUAUUACAGAUUUAUAACACAGGCAAGAUACUACAACUUCCUCCUGAUUGUAUCCCAGGCAUCUGCAGGUGAUGGGUUCUACCUGGACCACCGUCAGAUCAGUUUGUACAGGGUUUCAUCAAAAUCUUUCAGUGGAUUCCAUGCUUGGGAGGUCCCUUUGGGUAAAACUGAUGGACAACAUGAAAUAUAUCAUGAGUCAAUGCCUUUUACAAUCUACGUUUUUGGAAUUGAGUACAUUGCUUCCUAUGGAUACUCAAUGGGACAGGAAGCAAUAUAUGCAGCACCAACAGAAGACCCAUCACCAACACCGAAAGAUGAACUAUCCCCAGCACCAACAGAAGACCAUAAACCUGAGGGCACACUAAGCUGUCUCUCUCAUGUAGCUGAAUACCAUCUACCCCUCAGCUUGGUGACUGAGGCCAAUCUCGAUGCAUCUGAUAUCCACCUGGAAGACCCUCUGUGCAAGGCGGAGCUGAAGGGAGAUGUCACUCUCAUUAAAAUACCGUUCAGUAGAUGUGGAUCUGAUGUCCUGAUUGAAGAUGGGAAGACAUACUAUGUAAAUACCAUCUACGGAACAAUCCCAGAGACCAGAGUACACCGCAUUGAGAUCCCAGUGAGGUGUGAAAUAGAAACCAAUGAGACCCUUGGGUUCUACUAUCACCCUAAAGUCACAGACGUGGUCUAUAAGAGUCACUAUAACGUCUCCCUGAAGCUCUAUCAGAACAGCGACUUUACCAACCUGAUUACCAGGUAUCCUUAUGCGGUUGACAUCCAUGGUCAUCUACACGUGGAGUUCAGAGUGGAUUCAGGUGAAACGGGGAUACAGAUCCUGGCAGAAAACUGCAGGGCUUCCCCGUCACUGGAGGAUACAGAGCGGACAUACAAUCUCAUCCAGCACGGGUGUUCUAGUGACUCUACCUUGCAGACUCACCCAGUCUCAGACCACAGGCUACAACGCUUCAGUGUCCAUGUAUUUAGGUUUUACGACUUCCAGGAGGUUUAUCUGACCUGCAACGUCAUCAUCUGUCACAAUGAUACUUCUCCAAACCACUGUACACAAGGAUGCAACAUGCGGAGACACCGACGUGAUACCCACAGCUCCGACAGGCAGCUAAACUCAGCCAGGCUAUCUCAGGGGCCUAUUCUGUUUAAGUCUGGUCAAAUCCAGGCGGAUCAUACUGUCCCAUCCUCCGUGCUUGUGGCUGUGGUGGGUGUUAUGGGCUUCUUGUCUGUGCUGGGGUUUGUGAUCCAAAAACAUCAUUAUAGGAGAAAUAAAUAUGCCCUGCUGGGAAAUGGGAGCCAGCAACAGUAAAACAGGACAGAAAAUCAGCAGACGUGGAAGAUUAAAUUUAGUUUUCACAGUAGUGAUUGUGGUAAUAUUUAAUAAGACGGAAUGAAUUAUAUUUCCACCAGCCAAUAAUAGUUGCGAACCUGAUCUCUCUAUCCAGGGGCCAAUUGGCCAUAGAGCUCCCCAGGAAGAUCCCCGGUAAGCCAACGUAUCUGCUGGUCCUGUUUUGUGUGUUGUCAUGUGGCCCCACCCCUCACAUGACAGGUAGCCCACCACACUCAGUCCCCAUUAAUUAUGUUAUUCCAUCUCUGCAGUACAGCAACUCUACCAUCCAGUGAUGCUGCCUUGGCUACACGGUAUGUUAUACCUUACACAAGACACUGUAAAAACUUGAAACCAUGCUCUCUGUAUCUCCUGCAUUGAUUAUUGCAAUAAUCUUUUUACUGGUUUUACCAAAAAGAAGCUCACACCACUGCAAUCCAUUCUGAAUGCUGCUGCGAGGCUAAUCUCCCUUGCUAGACAUUUAUCAUCUGAGUAUCUACUCUGUCAGUCUCUCCAUUGGUUACCUGUAUUCUACCGUAUUCAAUCUAAAAUACUUUUACUCACUCCCAACCCGACCUCUUCGCUCUUAACAAGAUCUACGUCUCUUAUCCACACUCAUUAUUCACUCCCACUCACUAUUUCAGGACUUCUUCGGACAGCAUCCACUCUGUGGAAUGCCCUCCCAAACACAAUAAGACUCUCCUCUAGUCUCCAAACCUAAAAGCAUUCCCUGAAAACUCACCUCUUCAGACAUGCUUAUCAAAUUCCAGAACCGCCCACAACCUUGAAAAACUUUCCAAUUACAUCCCCAAUGUACAGUCCACACAUAUCCUCACAUAUUUUCUCUUUUGUCGCUUUCCCAUCCUUCUGACCCUAGGCCAACAUGACUAUGUGACCAUAUAAUAUAGCCCGCCAAGAACCUUUGCAAUCUAGUGGACCAUUAUUCAAUACAUAACACCUAUCUUUGUGUAUCAAUGCAUAUUUUCCUAUAGAUUGUAAGCUUGUGAGCAGGGCCCUUCUACCUCUGUCUGUCUGUUAUUACCAAUUUUUGUUUUAUAACUGUUGUAAAACGCUAUGGAAUUUGCUGCUCUAUAUAAGAA